CCGCUCCUACCUUGAAUACCGGGGGUGAAUUCCUUCCUGUUUGCCAGCCAUUUUUCGGUUCUCUCGAUCAGCCACUGAAUUCAAGCGUCAUUCCGUGUCUUGGUUGCCCCCCUUGAAUCCAGAUAAUACUAGGUAGGUACCACCACUUUUCGUCUGGGGCUUUCUUUGUAUUGGUCCCUCCCAGUACUACUUAAACACAUUGAAUGCCCUCGCAUUGCCCCUCUUCUCCUUACCCCCAGAUUUUCUUGUUCCUCUUUCCUCUCUCCUCCAUAAAUUAGACUUUACCUCUUGGAAAAACUACAAUCUCCUUUCCUACCAUCUCCUCAUAAGUUGUUCCUCACGUCAGCCUUUUUCUCACAGCCUACCUAAGCGAGCCUCCACGUUCGCCCACGUACAUUGUAUCUUCUGUCACCAAAGUAUUUAUUCCCAAUCUUGCAGCCACCAUGCCGCAGAUCACCGAGAUCUUCUUUGACUGCGACAACACCCUCGUCCUUUCGGAGGAGCUGGCCUUUGAGGCCUGUGCUGAUCUUGCCAAUGAAAUCCUGGAAAAGCAGAAUAUCUCGGAUCGUUAUACGGGCGAGCAGCUUAUCCAAGACUUUGUUGGUCAGAACUUCCGCGGAAUGAUGGUCUCUCUUCAGGCCAAAUAUAAGUUCGAGAUGUCCAAGGAGGAGCUUGAGGAAUACGUAAAGAAGGAGGAGGAUAAGGUCAUUGCCAAGCUGACCGACAAAGCUCAACCCUGCGUUGGUGUUACCGAAGAACUUGAGAAGCUGUUCAAGUCCAAGAAGUACGGCCUGUCAGUGGUCUCCUCAUCUGCACUGCGUCGUGUCCGUGCCUCUAUCAAGAAGGUUGGACAAGACAAGUAUUUCGACCCGGAGAAUGUGUUCAGUGCAGCCACCUCACUUCCCAAGCCCACUUCGAAGCCGGAUCCCGCUAUUUACAUCCAUGCUCUCGAGGUGCGCAACAAGAAGCCUGAAGAAGUGGUCGCCGUUGAGGACAGCAAGUCUGGUGCUCUUAGCGCCAUUCGUGCCGGCAUUCCAGUUAUUGGCUAUGUUGGAAGCUACCACGGCGAUGAAAAACAGUUUGAAAUGUCCCAGCGUCUGCAGGAGCUGGGUGCCAAGGUUAUCAUGAAGGAUUGGAGUGAAUUUCCGCAAUGUCUCUCUCAAAUUGAAGCGGCCUGAAGGAAUGGUAGAUUAUACCGUCUUAAUUCUCUACUUACGAAUAUGUACACGAAGCCAUGAUAGCAAGCGAGUUGGCCGUUUCGGGGCUUUGGGUCACUUCCUUCACUUCAGACCAGGACAUCUCAGAUGACUAUCAACAUUAUUUCUUUGCAUCUUAACUCGGCUGGACCUUUUGUCUUCCCCCAUCGUGUCAUGCAGUGAUCCGUCACUUCUUUUAUCUAGGAAACUGUUGUCUGAUGAUCACCUGCCAUAUUACCACAUUCGCAUGAUUCACUUCAUCAUUCGGGGUCCAUGCAUUACUAUCAAACCUUCUAAUAGAUAGGUUAAAUUAGGGAUCAGAUACUUUCUUUGGGGGGCUGUUGCCUGCACAGGCACAAUGGAAAUUCUCUAUCAACCAAUGUCCUUGUCUCAAUAAACAUCAAAGGAACGGGU